CUGCAGCCAGCAGGUGUUCAGGACUCGUUGCGCUCCUCGUCCUGAUCUCUUCAGGGUCUUAUUGCAGAUAGGAAUAUACAUCUUACUAGACCUGCGUGGCUUACAAUGUCUACCGUUGGAGGUCACAGGUACAGAGGACAUCGAGCCGAAUCAUUUGUUGCAGAUGUCGAUGAAUUGAUAGAGGUCCGGGCGCGACAGCGCACAUUCAACGGGGCAUACUCCCGUACAGCGUUAGGCAAUCUGGGCUACUCCCUGGCAAUUCUCAAGCUCUUUGAUAGAAGGUUUUAUCGCAUCGGCCUUCUUUACGCCGUCCUCGCCGCGCUUCUCUUCGUCUGUUCUUUCCUCCGCUCACGCCACUCCCAGCACGAUUUUGCCGACAAAUACAAGCCCUCUUCCAAUGACUGUUGUGAUGACGCUAAGACGCAGGAAAGGUUAAGAGCGCUCAGAGUUAUUAAGACGAAGGGACAAGAGAACGAACGGAACUUUGGGCGACCCUUCGUGACGGCGGGAUGGAUCGUGGUGGCGGUUACGGGCGUGGUGGCGGCAGUGGAGAUUGCUUUGGUAGUGUUGAUUUUGAAGUAUUGAAGAUGUUUUUUUUCGGGCUGGAAUACGGGCGAGAUGGCUGGGGGAAGCCGUGUUCAUAGAUCUUAUCCAGGAGAACCUAUUUUAUUUGCCACUGCGAGGUUAUUGCGCUAAAAUUCUCAUAAUCCUGAUUUUCAGCACCCAUCCCUCUCUAAACGAUAUCUGCGAAGUUGCCCUCCGUGUGUGGCAAUUUCAGUGGCCCAUGCGAGGUACUCUGCACCGCACCGUCCAGUUCUUUCUUCUCCUCGGUCUAUGAUAGUAGGGUGGGGUUUACGGAGCGGUCUGCACGUUGGAAAGUCUGCUGCGUGUCUCGUUAUUCUCACGCUCGCCACACACCCGUUGUAAAUAUCAGCAUACCCAAGAGUAAA